UAAUGAACGUGUCACACAGAGAAGGAAUUCUCGCCAUCUCCAAAAGCUUCCUGCGCGUAACAAUUUCUUAACUUGUAUAAAUAUAACGCACCCUUUCUUUUCUCUUCUCUGUUGCCAUUCAAAACCACUCUAUUCAUUACCGUUUACUCAUUCACUCCUUCCGUUUCUCUCUCGACUAUGCCAACCCAAACAAUUCUGGUUACCGGCGGAGCCGGUUACAUCGGUAGCCACACCGUCCUUCAGCUUCUCCUCGGCGGAUACAAAGUCUUCGCCCUCGACAACUUCGACAAUUCUUCCGAAGCCGCCAUCGCCAGAGUCAAGACACUGGCUGGAGAAUUCGCAAAUAACCUUUCCUUUCAGAAGUUGGACCUACGGGACAGAGAGGGCCUCCAGAAAGUUUUUUCUUCCACAAAGUUUGAUGCAGUCAUACAUUUUGCUGGACUGAAAGCAGUAGGUGAAAGUGUGGAGAAACCACUACUCUACUUUGACAACAACUUGAUUGGGACAAUCGUUCUAUUUGAAGUCAUGGCUGCCAAUGGAUGCAAGAAGCUUGUGUUCUCAUCUUCAGCAACUGUAUAUGGCUGGCCAGAGAAGGUUCCAUGUACUGAGGAGUUCCCUUUGUCCGCAGCAAACCCAUAUGGACGAACCAAGCUUAUCAUUGAAGAAAUUUGUCGUGAUAUCUACCGUGCAGAUUCAAAUUGGAAAAUUAUGCUGUUGAGAUACUUCAACCCUGUUGGUGCACACCCUAGUGGUUAUAUAGGUGAGGAUCCUCGUGGAAUUCCAAACAACCUCAUGCCCUUUGUUCAACAAGUUGCAGUUGGUAGACGCCCUGCAUUGACAGUUUUUGGAAACGAUUAUAAAACAAGUGACGGCACUGGAGUUCGUGAUUACAUUCAUGUUGUUGAUUUAGCAGAUGGGCACAUUGCUGCACUGCGUAAACUGGAUGAUACUAAAAUAGGUUGUGAGGUUUAUAACUUGGGAACAGGAAAGGGAACAUCAGUUUUGGAGAUGGUAAAGGCUUUUGAAAAAGCCUCUGGAAAGAAAAUUCCACUUGCAAUGGCUGGUCGAAGACGGGGCGAUGCUGAAGUUGUUUAUGCAUCAACUGAGAAAGCCCAAAAGGAACUUAAUUGGAAGGCUAAAUAUGGUGUCGAUGAGAUGUGCCGCGAUCAAUGGAAUUGGGCUAGCAAAAACCCUUAUGGCUAUGGUGGAUCUGAAGAUUCCUCCAAAUGAUGCAGAUGCUGAUUAUUGUUGGAGAUAGUAUAUAUGUUCUCUUUUGGGGCAUCCAAUAGGCCACACAAUGAAUUUAGAUUCUCCCCUAUAGUCUUUGUUUAGAUACUAAGAUGAAAAUCCUAUCCUAAUUAUGAAUUCUAAUAAUGUGGUAUGGUUUAGUUUAAUGAUUCUUUUGGUUCCAGAUCACAGGUUAGUUAUUGAAUGAAUGUUCUUCAAGAACAUGAGUGUAUCUUGUUUUGUAAAUCUAAACCACACAUUAUAUAGUAUGACUAACGGGUAUAAUCUUACCUUACCUCUUUAUCCAUAAUAAAGUUUUAAAUAGCA